AUGGGUGAGAGGAUACAAAGAGUGUGUAUGUCUAUCUUAACAGUGAUGGUUGUGAUGCUAUCACUUUCUGAAGAUACGAAAGGUAAUAAUGAUUUUGCUAUGGCUCCAAUGUCAGAGAAAGGGUUGCUGCCAAAUCCAAUGUCUUGUGUGGCAGACGCAAGAAAAAUUCCUGAUUGUGUAGAGUCACUAAAACAAGGCAAUUUGAAAGAUAUAAAAAAAGAAUGUUGCAUUAUUCUACUCGGUCUUCCCGAAGAUUGUUUUGGGAUUUUAUUUCCUAUGCGUUUCUACUAUCGUGUCGUACUUAAAAUUACAUGCAAAUUAAUAGGCAUUUUUUAA